UUUCAUGAUGGCUGACUUGUUUGUGGACUGAGCUCCGACCCGUUUGAAAUCCUGGGGCGAGAGGCUGCGUCCCUGCAGUCCAACCCAAACAUGGCGGGUCGUGAAACGUCCGUGACGGGUUUAUGGUCCGGGUCCAGGAGCACGGCCGUGUCCCCGCCGUUAAUGUUCGCGGUGCCCUCGUCCGAGCAACAGAAGCCGCAGAAGAGGCGGAGGACCUUCUGCCUGACCGGCGCGAAGUCCCGCGGCGUCUCCGUCGAGCGGCGGCGGGAGCGGCGGGAGCGGCGGGAGCAGCGGCCCAACAACAACAACAACGUGCCGUUCACCAUCCACUGCCAGCUCGGGAAGGAGCUCAAACACAUCUGCAGCAAGUGUCACGGAGCCGACCCGCUGGACGCUGAGGAAGUGGAGAGGUUGGCAGCGAUGCGCUCCGACUCGCUGGUGCCCGGCACACACACGCCCCCCAUCCGCCGGCGGAGCAAGUUCGCCACCUUGGGGCGUCUGUUCAAACCCUGGAAAUGGAGGAAGAAGAAGAGUGACAAGUUCAAGCAGACCUCUGCCGUGUUGGAGAGGAAAAUGUCCACCCGCCAGAGCAGAGAGGAGCUCAUCAAGAAAGGCGUGUUGAAGGAGAUUUAUGAGAAAGACGGAACAUCUCCAGCCAUACGAGAGGAGGUGAAGAUGGAAAACGGGCGUUCACCUGUGCCAGAGCCUGAAGGCAGCGAGCAGAUGGAGGGCGCGGCUGCCGCUGUAGGUGCCGUGGAGUUUCAGAUGCCCAGUGAUGGCGCAUGUUCACACGACCACACACAGAUAACCACUCAGGCUCCGCUCACAAGGAAGUCCACUGUGUAUCUGUCGGACGGCGCUGAAUCAGCUCUCUCCAGACCUCCAACGUUACACAAACAACCUCCUGCGCUCCCACCCAAGCCCUUCAGCAGACUGCCCAACCACGUGACAGGUGCGUCGUUCGUCUUCUGUCACGUUCCUGGCUCCUUACGGGCAUUAACUGUUCAUGCCUUCGCCUUCAACUGUGCUUGUGCUUGUGCUGCAGACGAUGGCCCAGUGAAGCUGCCAUGUAUGUCGGGGAAGUUAUCUCCUCCUCUACCUCCAAAGAAGCUCAUGAUCUCCAUACCUGCAGGGAACGUGGAACCCUCGUCGCUCACCUUUCAGAAGUGCCCCGCGCCUUCCAGCCAUGCUCCGAUGGGAGGGCACCCCCUGCAGUACGGGACGCUGCCGGCCCCCCUCCACCCGCCCAGCAGAAUAAUAGAGGAACUCAACAAGACGCUGGCCCUCACCAUGCAGAGGUUUGAGAGCUCUAUGAUGCAUGGUGUUCCCACCGUGAUGAUCGAGUGUGAUGACGACAAAGAGAACCUCCCCAAUGAGGCAGACUAUGAGGACCUGCCGAGUAUGUACAAGGAGGAGGAGGAAGAUGAGGACGAAGAAGAGGAGGAGGAGGAGGAUGAGGCACUGUUUACAAGCACACUGGCCAUGAAGGUUCUACGAAAAGACUCUCUGGCCAUCAAGCUGAGUAAUCGUCCAUCGAAAAGGGAGCUGGAGGAGAAGAAUAUCCUGCCGCUUCAGUCGGACCAGGAGAGACUGGAGUCUCGACAGCAAACGGCCACCAAACUCACCAGGCGAUUGAGUCAAAGGCCAACGGCAGAGGAGCUGGAACAGAGGAACAUACUCAAACCUCGAAAUGAUCUGGAGGAGCAGGAGGAGAAGCGGGAGAUCAAGAGGCAUUUGUCCAGAAAGCUCAGCCAGAGGCCGACAGUGGAGGAGCUGAGGGAGGCGAAAAUCCUCAUCCGCUUCAGUGACUAUGUGGAAGUCGCCGAGGCUCAGGACUAUGACAGGAGAGCAGACAAGCCCUGGACGAGGCUAACGGCUGCUGAUAAGGCGGCCAUAAGAAAGGAGUUAAAUGAGUUUAAAAGCACAGAGAUGGAGGUACAUGAGUCAAGCCGUCAUCUGACGAGGUUUCAUCGGCCAUAACGUGGACCUCCGCACUGAUCUACCCUCCCCAGAAGCCUGGAGCACCGUGACCGCUACGUGCGGCCCUGAUCCUGCUGACUACAGACGCCUGACUGGACUGAACACGUAUGACUUUGAGCCAUUACAGGAAACGGGAGCAACAAGGUUUUAAACAGAUGGGGCUCUCAACUGGUGUCUCCACUCUGGAGAUUUUACAGACUUCUUGAUAUUCAAAAGCUUUUAUUGUCAUUUUUGAAUGAUAAAAGGUGAUGAAAUGUUUACUUUGCUGCACUUUUGUUUUUUCGAACAAAGCCACAGAAAGUCGCAGAAUCUGUGCCAACAAUCAAGGAUGGGAACAGUGCGAGGUGAAGACGGGACUUCCCUUUAUUUAUUUUUUCCAGGGAUUGUUUUCUUGCCUUUUACUAUGUUCUGAAGUCUCAUUUUUCAUUUUGACUUAGUGUUACCUAAGAAGUGAGCUUGUGUUGGCGCACUUCUACUCCACUGAUUGAAAUCUCUCUAGUCAUUCAUCUGAUUCUGUCAGAAGAUAAACACUUACAGCAGCUUAUGCUGUGACCGGCAGCUGAUAAUGAAGCCAAAAGUAUCCUAAAUCUUGUUCAGAGUCCCAAGGUGUUUACUACCAACUCAGUAACAGUCAAAGUGUAGAUCUCCUAAUGCAGUCGCAUCAAUCACCCAAGCAAUAAUAUCAGCUUUCAUUUGUUAAUCUGCUCUUAGGCUGCAUUCAAGAGCUCAAUCACAAUCCAGAUUUCAGAAUCAAACCAAAGCAACUUGACCUGCUGAGGAUGUUGUGACUUUGAAUGCAUCCAGAUUGACAGCUCAUGAGAGUUCAGUAACUGUGUCUCUGUGCCUACAGUAUUGUUUACAGGGAUUUACACAUUUUACAGAUUAUUGGUACACCGUAAAAUGUUGCAGAACUCUCCCCAUGGAUAUUUUGCAUUUCAUCUUAUUGUACAAAUUCAAAGUUUACUGCCUGUUUUUUUUUCAUAAUUGCUCCAUAAAGUUUUAUCCAUAUUAGGAGGUGUGCGCAAGCACAGAGUCAGUUAAAUUACUGCCGCUUGUCCGUUAAAAAUGUAUGAGGGAAAAAAUAAUACUCAUACUUUUGUAAAGCAGACAAACUGCAUGUGAGUGUUAAUUUAUUGUCUUCUAUAAUGUAUACAGUUUCUUAAAGAAGGAAACUUAUUAAAAUUAAUACAUUUAUGAUCUCUC